GUCGUUGGGCCACGGGCACGCGAUGCCCUUCUCGCCGUACCCCUUGAAGUCACGGGGGUAGCCGUAGUCCGGGUGGGCAUAGUAGGCCUCAGGCAUGGCGGCGGUUCUGCUUCCUUCGACGGAGUGUGUCUCUUGAGUGUCGAUUGACAAAGGUUCGAUUGGGAGGGAUAUUGAAUAAUGGUCGUGAUGGGGGGGCAGCGGGAGGUUUCGAAAGGUUCCAACACACCUGGGACGAACAAUGGACACGGAUCUCUUUUAUUUUCUCCCUUCAGAUACCAGGCCGCCUCUUGUUCAUCAUCUAUUAUCUGGCCCCGUCACUGCAAUAGGCCUUCGAGCCCUCCCGCCCCUGAUAGCCCAGACAUCGGCCUAUCUCAUCCGAGGGGGAGAGAGAGGGGGGGCGCAAUCGUCUGUCGGGCGAACCCAAACCGCAUCGCAUCGCGGGGCCGCGCAUGCGCACACUAUUCCGGACUACCUGCGACGGGCAAGCGUGUGUUUGGGUCCCGCGAAACCCCGCGAGAUUGGCGCCCGUUAUCGACCUCCAAUGCAGCCUGCAGCGCGUUAUCGAACGGCGACGCGCACACCUGGCUUCGCCCAGAUCUUCCGUCACCUGCCCUCAUGCGACUAGGUACAGGACCCGGGUCCGCCGCGCAUCGGAUCAAAGAAACCGUUGGAGAGCAUUCGGAGACGUGCGUGCCUCUAACCCCCUCCCCCCCCCCGUCCCAGGGGUGUUGAUAAGGACGCGGGGUCGAACCGGUCUCGUUGGAGGUGGGGUUCGUCAGCGGCCGCGGAUAACGUCGCCAGAUGGGUCGGAGGUGGUGAUAACGAUGGGGUAAUGCGGGUUGAUGCAGCGCCCAGGCUCGCGUUUCGUGGGUAAUGUAAUCCGAUCGCUGGAUCGGGAUACGGGCGACGACGAUCGAGUGGCAGGAAUGGGAGUAAGAGAGAACAAAAUACUUGUACGCGUUCCGUCAUCCGCAACA